UUCAUUUCCCCAAUUCAUCGUCUUUGCCAUGCCGAUCCCCGUGAACGACAACAUGGGAAGCUCUUUCCACGAAUUCAAGAAGCGGGCCUCUUCGUUUCUCAAAGAAAAGAUCGUCAAGAACGUUCGCCUGAAGCUGACUGAUGUUACACCAGCUGAAAUAUUGACAGAAGAAGCUACAAAUGGAAAUCCAUGGCCGCCGGAUGUGCGCAGUAUGGCCAUAAUAUCUCACGCCGCGUUUGAAGUGGAUGAUUAUUGGAGAAUAGUAGAGAUUCUGCACAAGAGGUUGGUGCAAUUUGAUAGAAAGAACUGGCGAGUCACCUACAAGGCUCUGAUAGUGUUGGAGCACUUGCUAACCCACGGACCACAACGUGUGGUUGAAGAGUUUCAAAGCGAUAAAGACGUUGUCAAGGAGAUGAAAGACUUUCAAUACGUUGAUGAGAAAGGAUUCAACUGGGGUGCGCGAGUUGGCAACUUGUCCGAGAGAGUACAGAACCUGCUCGACAACGAUGAAUACUUGAGAGAAGAAAGAGUGAGGGCACGCAAGUUGACUCGAGGUAUACAAGGCUUCGGGAGCCUCCAGCGACCGUUUUCCAAGGACGCGAGCGGCUUCAAAGACUCAUCAUCAUCAUCACCAUACGGCAGGUGCAAUUCUCAUUACAGCGAAAUGACUGGAUUUCACAAAAAAGAAGACACUUUGAUGGAGUCAAACACGAUGAUGGAUGGCAAUGAAGAGUGUCAUUACAGCAUAGAAGACCAUCCUUUCUGCGAAAUCGGGCGUCCGACUAAUAAGAUAUCUCUUCUUCCUAGUUCGAGUGCCUGAUCAAGAUUUUCGGUUUGUGAAGUGAUGUAAAUUGACCUUACUUAGGAGAUGGGGAAAAUUAGAAGUCGGUUCUUUUGUUUCAG